AGCACUAUGUACUUGCUGCCAAAAAUUCAGCAGCUCAUCCAGAUGUUCGGACCCCUCUGCCUUUGCCAGGGUCCCUCAUUCCUGCCUCGUGCCAUGAAAACCCUUCCAGUCAGGUGCGUUGUAGCUGACACCGGACCCCCAUCCUGCCGGCAGAUUGCUAUCCCGCUCUGAUCAGCGGGACCUCUGUAAAGAGCUGUUUCUUCCAGGACAGGUUUCCAGAUUCAGGGCUUUUAUAUUCAUCAGCCAUGAAUCUGAAACCUUUCAUCCUCAAGUGCUGUUUCCCUAACGAUGCAGAGAGUGAUUUAGGUGCAGGGGUAGGAGGCUGCAACCCUCCAGGAAUGUAACUCGCGGACACAAACCCCUAAAGUAAACACGCCGCCUUGCACCACGCACGCAGCUCAACAGCGGCAUCGGCAACGAUAAGUCACUUAUUCCCCUGAGCAAACCCGUGGCCCGAUCCUGACAGUUUCUCUGGCAAAAAGCCCCCUUGUUUCUCAACGCCUGCCCCGAGCAAGGGCUUCAGGAUGUCGCACAGUAGCUGACUCCGUCUGGAGCACAGCGGUGGCUAGGACCCAGCAAGAGCCCGGAGAGGAGUCCGGAGGAAGACAAGCAACAUAAUUUAAAGCAGACACUGUCCCAAAUAAGGUUAUUUCCCUGAAAAGUCCUUCAUUAUGAAGUUACCAGUGAGCCUUUUGAUGUCCCGCAUGGGUGAAACCGAAGCUGAAGAACAAUUUCAUCGGUACCAGGACUGAGCUGGUUGUGAAGAGCUGGAUAUGCUUUUUAAAGACAUGAUAAGCAGUGUUUGGGGAUGCGAGAAACCCUUGAAACAAGAACCAUGAAACUGUACAUCAUCUUCUUCCUGGCAGCGGUGAACAGAGGGACCUCUAACGAUCAGCCCGCAGAGGGGAAGUCCUGUGAAAUGGCAAACUUGCAGGCAUUUUGCCACAACAAAGACCUCCACCAAAUCCCUCGCGAGCUCCAUCCGAAUGUAAACAAAAUAGAUCUGUCUGGAAAUCUGAUUCAAAGCAUCCCUGAAAUGCCAUUAUCAUUCUACACUUCCCUCCAGUGCCUGGAUUUAAGCUCUAACCAGAUAAGCCUCAUCACGCCUGGAGUCUUUGCACACAUGACGAGUUUGCUGGAAAUAAAUUUAGCCAACAAUCACUUAUAUGAGCUUGCUCAGAAUGGGACAGAAGGGAUUGGACUGUUACCCAAGGUGGAAAUACUGGACUUGUCGCACAACAGUCUGUACAACGGGAUGGCUGAGUAUUUCAUUAAACAAGCUCCAGCACUACGGUAUCUUUCCUUGGCAGACAACAGUAUUAUAACAAUUUCACACAAGAUGUUUCAGGGGUCUCCCAAUCUUGUGGAGAUAGAUCUUCAGAGCAAUAUCAUCAUGGAAAUAGAAGAAGGUGCUUUUGAGGCUCUAGUGAACCUUUCCAAACUCAAUCUCUCCAUGAAUUCAAUUACUUGCAUCUCUGAUUUCAACCUCAGGCAGCUGGAGAUACUUGACCUUAGCAGGAAUAGCAUUGAGACCUUCCUCACCACAAAGUCAGAUGAUGAAUAUAGCUUAAGAUGUUUGGAUCUGAGUGAAAACAAACUGCUUCACUUCCCAGUCUUUCCCCAGGUAAAUAAACUGGUAACCCUGAAUUUAUCAAAGAAUUUAAUCCAGCUCACUGCUGAAUCCCCUCAUAAUAAAAUGGACUAUAUGGAAAAUGAAUGGCUAGAUGCUCCUUUUCAUCUUCUUGAUCAGAAGCAAAGUAGAAACAAAAGUUCUCUUUAUUUAUCCCAGCUUGUAUAUUUAGACUUAAGUUAUAAUGAAAUCAAAUCCAUUCCAGAUGAUUUCUUUGAAUCAAUGUUGUCCCUUCACACCCUUAAUCUCAGUAAAAACUGUCUUCAGGCAUUUGCAGUAAAUUAUGACAGUGCAUUGAUCUCCCUAACUGUCCUCGACUUAAGCUACAAUGCUCUGCACAACCUUCUCCUAGAUGCUGGCACGUUGUCAGGUUUAAAGGAGCUCUAUCUUCAAAACAACCAUCUUCAGGCCCUGCAAUUUGAUAUCUUCUCAAGUCUUCCUAGCCUCAGACUACUUAAUCUACAGAGCAAUAAUAUCAGCCUUUGCAGCAUGUACUCAGGAUUAGCUAAGCAAAGACUUGCUGGAGAGGAAAGUGGCUGCGUAUCAUUUGUUGAUUCUCCUGCCCUUCAGUACUUGUAUCUCGCUGACAACAUGCUGAACAUCCUACCAGCAUACACUUUCUACAAGACUUCUCUGAUUGUCUUGGAUCUCUCCAUGAACCCCAGAUUGAAAAUAGAGGUUAAAGCAUUAUCAGGACUGGAAAAGUCUCUGGAAUAUUUGUAUUUACAAGGUAAUAGGCUGACAGAUUUAAAUAUUGACUUGCCUUGUUUUAGUCACCUUAAACAUUUAAACCUCUCUGAAAACCAGCUGAACUGGCUGCCUAAGUGGGGUAGUGAUUCUCCACUGGAAGUUCUGGACCUACGGAACAAUAGGUUCAGUACAUUAGAGAGCAGCAAUAUUUUAGCAUUAGAAAAUUCCCUUAAAAACUUGUAUCUCACUGGGAACCCACUCAACUGCUGUGGAAACAUCUGGCUUUCAUCAAUGAUCCAGAACAAAAAUGUCCAGAUCCCGAACGUGGAGCACUUAACAUGCCAGUACACUCAGGACUUUGGGUACCAGGAAGAAAUGCACAUUGGGAACAUUAGACCAGAAGACUGUGAAAAAGAGGAUCUAAAGAAAAUCAACUUCCUUAUUAUAUUAACAUUUGUGUUGGUUUUAUCGGUGAUAAUCAUUGGCGUGGGUUCAGUUUUUUGCUUCCGCAGGCAAAACUUUAACCAUCAGUUUAAAGCAUAGGAACACAAAAUGCCUUGAAAACCGAAGAAAUCAGGUGCCACACUGCCGGUGUGUAGAAAUGAAGGGUAAAAUUCUCAUCUUUGAUCUUUAACUGUGGAUUUUAAGACAGUUUCAAAGCGCCCCUGAACUGCACCCCUACAGUGCUCUGGGUUGCAGGGACUGAAAGGAGAAUCUGUCGUGUUUUGCACUUGCUUCAUUCACAAGCAGAUCUGCUUAGAAAGUUAAUACAGUGGUAGAAAGGGCCACUGCAAAGCCCUGCUGCUGUUUUGAGGGACCUGAGGCUUUUCACUAUGCUCAGAGAUAUUUUGCGAUGUUGCCUUCGCAGAAAGGCUUUAUACAAAUCGAGCAUUGCAACUGAAUCACCUUUUUAUGACAGUCAUUGAUGACAUCAACUGAGCAGGAAAGCCCUUCUCAAAGUUUUGUGCCUCCAUGAGAUAUUUUGCUCUGAGCUAUGAGCUUUGCUUUUUCCUAACUGGUUAGACAUAACAGCUCCUAACCCUUCUUAAGCUUAAAUCAUACAAGCCAACGCCAGGGCGGGCCAAUAAACAGUUUUUCAGUCCUUGAAGUUGGUUGCAAAUUUCCCAUGAGAAUUCAGCUAAAAAAGGAAAUCAUUGUUCAUGUCUGUUGUGAUUAUGGCCACCAUUUAGAAAAUCCACAGCUAUCCAUGGGAACCAAAGGCCUUGGUGGUAGGAACCUCUUUGGAUACCUCCCUUCGCUAGUGGUACGUUGCUCCAGCCACUAGAGCAACACACAGGAGGUAAAUGAGGUUAAUUAGUCUUAGCGCUUAAUACCCACGAGGGAUGUAAGAGAAAUAUCAGGUGUGAAACAGCUGCUGCGCUAUAUGUUACCCAGAUCUGCUCAGAAGGUCACAGGUCCACAGUUCAACUCAAAGAGGAGAAAUUUGUCCCUCACGUGCAAUACAUAUUUAACUGGGUUUAAUGUGAAGAGAUUCAUCUCUGGGGUGAACACUUUUUAAAAGAGAAAUCUUGGAGAAUGAAUUUCAACCAGCUACCAUUGGACUGAAAUGUUUAUACUUCUAAGGGAAACUGUUGGGAACUCACUGCAUACACUUGCAUUUCAAUGCAAAAAAAAAAAAUUUGUCUAUUUUUAAAGGUCACAGGAGGUCGGACAGCAAAAAGGCGUCUUAAAGAUACCAGUGUAAAACAAUACAUAGGGAAUGUAGUCCUGGGCCGCUGUUCACAUCAGAGGUCCACUGUCUCUCCCUAAAAAGAGAUUAUGGUCUAGAGGACUGGCUGCAAGCAGAGUUACGUAGACCCUCAUUCUGUGAUGGGUUUAACGUGGCCAGCCUCUCUCGUUGCUAAAAGCUGUCACUGACAUAUGUUACGCCCCGUACUCUGACAGCAGAUUCACCCUUUUGAAGUGAAGAGAAGCUCACCAACAGUGGGAGCCUGACCUCCUAACGGGGUUCAAUGGCUUCAGGAGGAGUGAUAGCAGGUUUUCUGUUAAUGCCAGGAACCGUACAUUAAGGCACAUAAAAGAAAUAGAGGUCAAACCAAAUCCUGUCCAGGUAAAUAACUCAGAGUCAAAUUGCUGCUCCAUUUCUGUUUCUCCCAGCUAGUGAAUGUCAAAAUUAACACACUACAAACAGGUGUAUAAUUCUAUUUUUUAAAGCAGUUAUGUAAGAAACUGGCUGGUAGUUUUCAUUGUGAAAUUUUGUACAAUAAAAACGCCUUUGAAUUUUGUAAAAAGCACAGGGUUGUGAAUAUAUUAAAGUACCAGCUUGGAAUGUUCCACAGAUAAAA